AUGGCGCUCUCUUCCUGUGCCCGUCGCCCACACUUUCCCAUCCCGUCGCUCGCCACUUACCCUUCCCGUCGCCUUCGAUUUCUUCCCGUCGCCCUCGCGAUUCCUUUCCCUCACCCUCGCAAUUCGUUCCCGUCGCCCUCGCGAUUCCUUCCCGUCGCCCUCAAUUUCUUCCUGUCGCCCUCGCAAUUCGUCCCCGUCGCCCUCGCCUUGCCUUCUCGUUGCCCACGCGAUUCCUUUCCUAACGCACAGCACUCCAUCCGUCCCCUCUUACUCUCGUCCCUCUCCUCUCUGCUUCUCCCUUACCUCUAUGUCCCCUCCGUCCCUUCCCUUUCUCGCGUCCAGUGCGUCAAUCCUAUUCUGCACCAUCCGGCUGGCGCUGAUGAUCGAGGACCUGCGCGAGGCGGAGCGGCGAGGGAGAAUGAAAGCGGGUGCUCUUACUAUGAGAUUGCCGGCGCCUACCUCGAGGUGCGGGCGAUGGGCUGGGAAAGGUGGGCGGGGGUGAGGGGAGAUGUGGGGGAGGGGAAAGAGAGGGCUGGGAGAGGGCUGGGAGAGGGGAGGGGGGGGGAAAGGGCGGGGAAGGGGGGGGGGGAGGGGGAGGGGGGGGGGGGGAUGGAGGGGGAAGGCAUGGAGCACAAAAGAGGGUUCUUUCGCGGCGAGAUCGCGGACGCAUUCAACGAGGUGCGCAGGGAAGAGGGGAUAGGUGUGUGCACACUGUGCAAAAUCCCCUGCCCUUGGCCUCCCCGCCUGUUCCCCUCCGUGCCAUCCCCGCCCUUCCCCUCCUUCCCCUUUCACCCUUCCCCCCUGCUACGGGUGUGA